GGAAUUCAACAGCGGGAGGUGACGUCAGAAUUCCGUAUAUUGCAGUGUUGUCGCUUUCAAAAACGUUGGAUAUGGGGUAGAACAUUUAACCCUGUUCCGAACUUUAGUUUUCGCAUUUUCGGUGACUUUUUAUUUCGCGAAAUACUUUUGUAUUAACUUCGCGAGAGAGACAUUGAGCAGUGAUAGCAUGCCAAAUUCGUUGUUUUGUUUUUCUUGAGGAUUUACGGAAUUUCUCCUCGCUAACAACAGGGGAAGUGCCCCCUGUCCUUUGUCUGUCACGGGUGUUUUUAAAGUAUUCGACAUGGACAUUUACGGAUACAAUGGUGUUUUUCUGGUCAAAAGACUGUUUAAUAAUGCCGUUUUUGAGAUUUCGAACAUGUCAGACAUUACGAAGGCGAACCCUCACGGAUGCGAUAACGGGGCUUUGACAAACAGAUUCGGAGUCUUGAUUCAAGGGUUGCUGGCGAUAGUCGCCUUCAGCACAUUGAUGCGUGAGUAUUUUUCAGAAGAGAACGUAACAAUGUUUCAAGGGCUGAGCAGUAUAAUUGUAUAGGCUAACUUAUUGUUUCUUAAUAGCAGAUCAUGUUUAAAAUAAAAUACUUAGAAAUCACUUUUAAUGGGAAAAUCAAGGGUCUACUCAGUCAAGCACUGCACUGGUAUCCACUGCAGCUACACUCUCCGUCUGUGAACACGUGGCAGUUUGUUUAUGCUAUUUGACGUUUCUAUCCGAUAGGCUGCUGUUGCACAUUAUAAGGCUGAUAAUAAAUAUAUAAUAAUAUUAUAAUUCCAUUUUCAAUAGCCUAUUAUAAUAAUGUUUCUCAAAUCCUUUUAUGUGCUAGGUUUAAAAUAUUCAACGCCACACGUAUCCAUAUAUCAUCAGUGGCCCAUCAACACAAAUGUAAACGACCUCGAAUGUAUCCUAUAACUAUUAGACUAUUGUAGAUUUAUAAACUAUCCUUAAACUAUAAACUACUUGUAAACCAUCUAUAAACCCGUUUAAUUUGUAUUAUUCUUAUUAUUGAAAUAUGCCUCUUCAAGACAGGGGUGAACGUUUAUAGUCUAUAAUGGAAAAAAACCGUUUUGAGAGGGGGGUCAUAAAAUCAUACAGAAUACAUCCAUGCCUUUUGAAUAUAAGAGAAUAGGCUCUCAGUCUAUAUCUCUAUCUACAGUGUGAUUACAUGUUGUAGUCAUGUCCUUUACAACAGAGUGAUUUAUGACAGAAUGGGGUCAAACUCUAAAGGUGAGUGGAGGAACAAUGAGCUUUGAACUCCUCACAGUUACUUAUUAGUAAGAAGAUCAAUAUUUAGCCAGCAGUGUGUAUGUGCAGCCCACCCUGUGUGUGUGUGUGUGUGUGCAUGUAAGUGCUGCCUCACCCAGAGUACCCAAGUCUGUUAAUGUACUGCUGAAAAUCAAGGGUUUACUGGUAUGCACUGCAGAGCUACGCUGUCCAUCUCAAAGCCUCUCCUCUGCUUGCCAAGAUGCGUCCAUUUUUGUUUAGAGCCCUCUUCCUCUUGGCUAUUUUGGUGACUUCCUCCCAUUGACAGACCACUGGCCUGACCUUUUGCGUGCCACAGCUCUUGGAUACAGUUGCUAUCAUUUUAUACCAGGCACCAAUCCUGUCUUUGCAUUCUAACCUUCAGAUAGUUUUUUGGUGAUAAUGAGUCAAACUGCAGCCACAACAUGAUGUUGGUAUGUGGACAGUCACAGAGUCAGACCUUGUGUUAGAUGGGGAGAGAGGAACAGUGGGUUCCUGUUAGUCACGUACAGCCCUGAGAUACCAGUGACCUGAUGGGGAUGGCUGGACUGAGGGAGCAUGUGUCUGACUGUGCCAUUCUUUAUCCAUCUCUCCUGUAGCCACAGAGGACAUGUACGCUCACAAAUAUAUUAUUUUUCACUCUUCUAUGACUGUCUCUGUCUCUCUCUCUAUCUACAGUGAAGAGGUUCCGGGAGCCUGUAGGGAUCAGAAGACCAUGGAGGAUCUGGUAAGAGAUCAGUGUUUUUACUUCUAUUUCUUAUCAGUCUGUAUCAAACCCCAGGGAAGAACAGGAGACCAUCGGUUGAUCACAUGGCUGAGGAUCAUAGAUUCUAUUAGAUUUAGAGAUGUUAAUACAAAAAGUUAAUGUUUGUUGUUUGACUCUUUUAUAUUUGGCUAUUGCAAGUCAUAAAGCUAACCAUGGUGAUGACCAUCUGUCAUUUCACCCCAUCUCUACAGGUUUUACGACACAUCCAAGCAGGCCAUUGGCGCUCUCUUCAUCCACUUCGCCAACAUCUUCCUCUCCAACCUCACAGAAAUGGACCCUUGUUCCCUGUGA